GUCUUGUCUAGAUUCUGGAGUAUUGUAGAAAUAUAUAACCAACAUGAAUAUAAAAAAAAACGUGAGAAAAGGCAACUCUAAAAACCCCAUAUCUUCUCCUAGGGUCUUGGAGAUUUUGCUGAUAAUUACUUAGAAAGCUGAUUAAAGGUAUUCAUUUAGGAAACCUGACUUCAGGAUGGAAAUUUGCUCGUUCUAUUCGACACCCUAUUACUGUAUUGUAAAUGUUCGACAGAAUGUGAUUGGAAAAUGCCUAAUUUCAAAUCAGGCAAUGUUUCCUAGACUAAAAGAAAGAAGGUUGUGUUCUGGUUUAGAUGUGAAUAGUGUAACGAAAAACAGGAACCAGAGAUUUUGCACUAUCACUUCUCUAAAGAGGGUUGACAGUGUUGACUCAAGUCUCUUGAGUGAAAGCUAUAACUCAGAUGUGGUAGAUGGGAAAGUCGGUACCCAAGGUGCGACUAGUAGAGGUAAAGCAGUACCAAAGGUUAUGAUUCCUAGUUUACCUAGUGAAACUAAAGGCGAUUCUGUUGCUGCUAUCGAUAGCUGCUUGUGGGAAUGGAAGCCAAAAUUGAAUGUUCAUUAUGAGAAAUCUGGAGGUCAAAAUGUUAACUCCGCGCCAAUACUUUUUCUUCCUGGUUUUGGUGUUGGUUCCUUUCACUAUGAAAAGCAGCUAAAGGAUCUUGGUCGUGAUUACAGAAUAUGGGCAUUAGACUUUAUUGGACAAGGGAAGUCAUUACCUUGUGAGAAUCCAACUUCGCAGUCUAAAAGAUUAGAUGAAUCGGAAGGUGAUGGAAACAAUGUUCUCUGGGGUUUUGGAGAUGAAACAGAACCUUGGGCAAAAGAACUUGUCUAUUCGGUUGACUUAUGGAGGGACCAAGUACGCUAUUUCAUUGAAGAGGUUAUUAAAGAACCAGUGUACAUUGUCGGAAAUUCACUUGGUGGAUAUGUUGCCCUAUACUUUGCAGCAUGCUACCCUCAAUUGGUGAAAGGUGUAACCUUGCUGAAUGCGACACCUUUUUGGGGAUUUCUUCCUAAUCCUGUUAGAUCUCCAAAAUUAUCUAGAUUGUUUCCAUGGGCUGGGACUUUUCCUCUACCCUCCACUAUCAGAAAGCUCACAGAACUUGUAUGGCAGAAAAUCAGUGCUCCUGAGAGUAUCACAGAGGUGCUUAAACAAGUUUAUGCUGAUCAUACCACAAAAGUGGAUAAAGUUUUCUCUAGUAUUCUUGAGGUAACAGAACACCCUGCAGCAGCUGCAGCCCUUGCCUCAAUAAUGUUUGCUCCUCGUGGACAACUAAAUUUUAAAGAGGCACUGACUGGGUGUCGAAUGAACAAUGUACCCGUCUGUCUCAUAUAUGGGAAAGAAGACCCCUGGGUGACGCCUAUUUGGGGUUUACAAGUGAAACGACAGUUCCCUGAAGCUCCAUAUUAUCAGAUUAGUCCAGCUGGUCACUGCCCUCAUGAUGAAGUCCCAGAGAUUGUGAACUUUUUGCUGCGCGGAUGGAUCAGGAACGUUGAAUCCGAUAGUUCAGUUGCAUUGCCUCUGCUAGAUUAUCCGGAAAGCGUUGAAUAUGACGACGUCAAAGAAUUGGAAUUUGAUCGCCAGGGAAUGAAAAAAUCAGUAAAAGUGCAAUUUUAUGGAUCAAUGACUUCUCAAUGGGAGAGGCUUGGCAUGUUUCUAAAAUCUAGAUUCCAAGAUGGAGUUUACUCUCCAUAAUUGCACAUAACUUCUUUUUUUCAUUUCUUUGUAUCCACAUGUUGUGUGAUCAAUUUCCAGCAAUGCUGAAUGUUCGUGGGUUACAUAACAAUUUAGCAAUUUAAAUUAUAAUUAGGCCAACAUACAAUGGAGUAUAUUAAGAAAAAUCUCAUUCCUUGAUCA